AUGGAUUACCUGACCGUCAAUCGCAUUCUCAUUGACUGUGGGGCAAAGGAAUUGGUGUUCCCGGACACGUAUGAAGUAGAACCAUCCGUGAUGCUCGGUCAACUAAAGGAAGACAUCGUGGAUGUCGCUAGUUGGUUUCUGAUCAUGACGCAUUCGGACGAACGAUUUGAAAGUUUGAGUCACGAGCGAUCGUCCAGUAAACUGAAUGGAGGACGAUCAGUCGUGGAUGAAUUCCUGGACGUAUUUCCUGAUGAAGUGCCUGGAUUACCUCCUCCGCGCGAAGUGCAAUCUACUAUCGACUUAGUGUCGAACACUGGAUCCAACUCUAUUGUACCCUAUCAGAUGUCGCCAAGAGAGUUAGCUGAACUCAAGGAGCAGAUUGAAGAGUUGAUGGAUAAGUAG